GUGCCGUUGUGUCCCCUUCCCAUGUGCGUGCUAUGUGCGCGUAAUUCCUUCGUUGCUUGUAUGUUUUGCAUUUCGCUGCUGAACUUGCGACUAAUUCGGGUGAAAGUAGAGGCACAAUGUCGGGGACAACGUAAUGCCCAAGAUGACGUUCAGAAGGAGCUGAGUGGAUCGGCGCAGUUAAACUACAUGAAGAUUAUAGAAAGGGAGAACAUGGAGCGGGUGCGUAGGUUGAAGCGGAUCCGCCACCGAAACCUGAUGACGGGGUUUCUCCUUGCCGGAGGAGUGUGUGGCAUAUUUGCGUACUCUGUGCUCGCCGUGAAGCAGGAGAAAUUUCUAGACAACUUCGAAGAGCCUGCUCCAAAGUAGACAAGAUGAUGUCCAGUGUUUAUUUGUGUACAAACUUAUCUUUUUCCUCCAUGCUCAACAUGCGUGGACCUUGUGAAAUGUGUUUGUUCCUGCAAUAAAAGCUCAUUUAGCCCACGGUUA